GGUGCUGUUCACGCUGUGCGUGUUCAUCAUCGGGACGGGGGGGCUCAAGGGCCAGACGAACAACGGCGAGAUCAAGGGCGAGGUCGAGCGAAUCACGAUAUUCUGCUGCCGAUGCUUCAUCUACCUGCUGAGCUUGGGGCAAUGGCUGUAUUACCACAUCAAGUACAUAUGGCGUGACGUGCGCGCCAAGUCAUUCGUCAAGUUUGCCCACAUUCCAUUCCCAGCCUAUCUAGAGAACUUCCAGGACUGUGCCAGCCUGCUCCUGACCAUCCUCCUAUUGGUCAUGCUAGGCCUGGAUCCCCUACUGCACUGCCUCGCGAAUAAGGCAGUUGAUGAAGACGACGUGAUGUUCCGGGAUGACUGCGAUGCGUCCAAAGGCAUCGGCGAAGUGUUCUCCACAGUGAGCGCCGUUGCAGCGGUCUUGUAUUUCGCACUCAUCAUUGACCUCUCGGUGUUCUCCACGAGGGUAUCCGCGUUUGUGUUGGUCUGCUACCGCGUGCUGUCCGAGGCGCUGCUGUUUCUGUUCGGACUGGCCUUCAUGAUCGUGACGUGGAGCACCGCGGUCAGCGCCCUGGACCAGGAUAACGACGACUUUGCCGGCAUCCCCGCCUCCGCCCUGUCGUUGCUGAAGAUCGCCCUGGGCAUGUACAGCGGGAAGUCGUUCGCGCUGCUGCAGGACGAGCCCGCGCUCAUGGCCGCCGUGGUGUGCUUCGUCAUCGUGAGCGUGGUGUUCCUGUCAAACCUUUUGAUCGCGCAGCUGAACUGCUCCUACCAGUCGACGUACCUGGACAUGGUCGGGUACGCCCGCCUGAACCGCGGCAAGAUCGUGACGGAGGCCAUGUCCGUGGUGACGGACAAGCGCUGGAGGGCGUUCCUCGAUUCGCUGUGCUUGGACGAGCGGUGCGAGUUCGGGGAGGGCGACAUCGGUCUGGCCGGAGGAAUCCAAAUCAAGGAGGCCGCCAACGUCAACAUCACGACGGUCGACAUGAUACGCCGCUUCGGCGGCUCCACCUCGGUGAUGGCACAGUGGCCGGAGGAUGACCUGGCGGGGAACGACGAGGAGGACCGCUUCGAGCGCAUGGAGAAGCUGAUCACGAAGGCCAUGAAGCGCAUGAACACGGGCAGCGGCAAGAAGGGGAAGAGCGGCAAGGGCUCGACUGGCGCCAGCUCUGGGCAGCAGAACACAGGCUCCGGCACCGGCAGCGGGCAGGGCGCCUCGAACAGCGAUUCCGCCAAGGGCAGCGAGCACGAGAGCGACCACUCGGACGGCGAGUGACGAGCGGGGGCGGUUGCGGCACGAAGAGGGAGAUGCGGGUGAAGUCGACGG